GUGAGCUGUACAUCCCUAGAAGUUUUGACGGGUGUUAAGCUUUCUUUUACUGUCUAUGGUGUUAAGUCGUCUAUCUUGUUAACUUUACUCGGAGGUCCAUUGGGAACAGUAGCUUUUUUUUAUUCCAGGUUUUGGAGUAUUAUUCGUGUAAUAGUUAGAGUAACAUCCGUGUGAGACUAUGUUACUAGAGAGUAGAGUGUUCUUACUGUUGUUGUCGGUGGUGUUCUUGACGAAGCACUCUUUGGUAGCUGGCUUUUCGCAGUCUUUAGACAGUGACUUUACAUUCACUCUUCCUGCUGGUCAAAAGGAAUGUUUCUAUCAAACCAUGAAGAAUGACGCCUCCCUGGAGAUUGAAUACCAGGUGCUCGAUGGCGCAGGUUUAGAUGUGGACUUCUACCUGUCAUCACCUGAUGGGCAAAUUUUGGCCAGUGACUUCAGGAAAUCUGAUGGAGUCCACACAGUGGAGACGCAUGACGGAGACUACAUGAUCUGCUUCGACAACACCUUCAGCACCGUGUCAGAGAAGAUCAUUUUCUUUGAGCUGAUUCUGGACAAUAUGGGCGACACCGACAACGCUGAGGAGUGGAAGGAGUACGUCCAUGGCACCGACAUGCUCGACAUGAAGCUGGAAGACAUUAUGGCCACAAUAAACAGCGUCAAAGCCCGGCUUGGGAAGAGUCUGCAGAUCCAGACCGUGCUGCGAGCCUUCGAGGCUCGGGACCGCAACCUGCAGGAGAGCAACUACGAGCGGGUCAACGUGUGGUCCUGCACCAACCUGGUGAUCAUGCUGGUGGUGUCUGGGAUCCAGGUGUACGUUCUACGCAGCCUCUUUGAGGACAAGAGGGCGACUCGGACGUAAACCCGAGCGUGUGCUCGCCAGCGCUGCUCAUGCCAGGGAGGGACGAUUGGCAUCAUUGGCGUCAUGGCGACAUAUCAAGAAACUUGAAAGAGUAACGCGCACACACAAACACACACACACACACACACACACACAAGGUCACUGGUUGGCUGCUCCUAGCCACUGCGGAUGCGGGGUUCUCUCUCUUCCUGUUUCUCCUCCUCCUCUCCUACCCCACUCCCACCUGACGAAGACAAUCAGUCCCAAAUUUCUAUAUUUCUACCCGAAAGGUCAACGCACUGUUUCAGUUUACACAUUAUUACAACACGACAGUAAUGAGAGUGGGGCCUAUGCUGGUGUUUGCUUUCUACACAUUCAUCAAUUCAUCAUGUUUGUCCUCGGAGGGUUAUAAAGUUACAAAACUUAGGAAAGCGAUACAGACAGAUACCUAGAGAACAAGCAUCUUUUUUUCUUUUUUUUUACAAAUUAUGCAAAACUUUUUUUUUGUUGAACAUACUAGUAUUAGGGUGAUGGGGAAAGUUAUUUCUGGAUUUUAUGUGGAUACUCUUCUGGCACUGAUCGAUGGCACUGCCCCAUUCUUUGUUGUUUUCUCUUACGUCUUCUGUGCCACACCUUUGUUUUUUUAUUCAGACCUUCGCUGCUGCCAUUGUGUUGUGCCCUAAACUCACAUUCAUUAUGUGCCCCAAACUCACAUUCAUUAUGUGCCCCAAACUCGUUUUUACAUUUCUGUGCCAUAGGCAAAAUCACAUUCAUUAUGUGCCCCAAACUCGUUUUUACAUUUCUGUGCCAUAGGCAAAAUCACAUUCAUUAUGUGCCCCAAACUCGUUUUUACAUUUCUGUGCCAUAGGCAAAAUCACAUUCAUUAUGUGCCCCAAACUCGUUUUUACAUUUCUGUGCCAUAGGCAAAAUCACAUUCAUUAUGUGCCCCAAACUUGUUUUUACAUUUCUGUGCCAUGCCCUAUAGGAAAAAUCACAUUCAUUGCUCAAGCCAAUCCU